AUGUUCUCAUCCAUGUGCUACCAGUAUCUUACUGAGACUCCCAUCCAAGAACAAUUUUUGUGUAAUCUCCAAUAUGCGCGAGAUCGACAGUGCCAUCUCGAAGAGAACUGCAACGGUGGAUACGAGCGCAAUCCCUCAACAUCGACGAACAUAGUCGUCACCACCGACAUCUCUCUACAGCAUUUGGAGGCGUUGACAGACACACUGCCAGCAGCUCUCAGCACAGAGCUCGACGCCUGCAGCUGCUUCGAUCGCCAAACCAGAAUCAGUAUCAAGGCCAGUCGUGUCUUGAUAUUUCUUGACUGCCCAUCCCGUCAUUCCAGAAUCCGUCGCGUCACGUCAAUGACAGGACCAACGGCUACCAUCUCUCCUCUUCGUCGCGCCGACGGCUCCGCGUCUUACAGUUGCCCUGCCACGGGGUUCCGGAUCCUAGGUUCUGUCAAUGGGCCCGUCGAAUUGCCUGGUCGUCGCGAUGCGCAGAAACCGGAGGAGGCUACCCUCGAGGUCCUGGUCAAGCCGGGAACGGCGCCUGGCGCGGUCGGCGAGAGAUACGUGGAGGGCAUCUUGAAGGGGGUGUUAGGCCGGGUGAUCCUGGGGAGGGAGAAAGGGUUCCCGAGACGGGGCAUCGUGUUGACACUGGUGGUUUUGGGAGGUGGGAAUGAUGGGAAGAUUCGCCGGGGGGAGUCGUAUCUACCCAUUUUACCGUCCCUGCUUCAUACAGCUCUCCUGACGCUUCAUUCUGCGGCAAUUCCCAUGUCCAUGACCUUCGCGGCGACCGCAUUGGCCGUCACCCCCUCCGGCGAAAUCAUUCGAGACCCGUCCGUCAGCGACGCCAAGGCGGCGGAAUCUGUCCACGUCCUGGCCUUUUCGUCCAAGGGGCACCUGCUGUUGAAUGAGAGCGAAGGCAGUUUCGAUUUUGACAUGUGGGACAGGGUGCAUGAGCGCGCAUAUGCCAUCUGUCGCGGAAUGAAGACCGUGACGGGCGACGGGGAUGUCCAGAUGGCCGAGGGUGCUGACGGCCAGAGCGUGGAGAGCUUCUUGAGGGAGACCGUCGAAGAUAAGAUCUACAAGGAUUAUGCAUGGACGAUUGACGCCGCUUGA